ACUUGAGGUAACAUUUCAGUUUCCCAGCAGUGAGGGAUUUAGUUCACUCCUGCCCCCCUGCGGGUGAAGGAACCACCGCAUGAGAGCAUGACAGAGGCGCGGGUUGCUGAUUAACCUCGUCUUCUCAGUCUCCCAGGACACGAGAGCCGGCGGACAGUGUUCUCAUCGCGCCAUGCUGCCGCUCAGCCGUCACUUUCUACCAUGAGCGAGCCCAACAACUGCACACGCGGACGGGCUUCAGCCGCAGAGGACGACGUGUCGGUUGUGUUCCACAAACUUGUCAGCCAUGACAAACAAAGUCACUGCGACCAAGAAAACGACAGUGACGAACGGACAGAAGAGCACAUUCACUUGCGCUGCUUUCAUGAUGAUGCUGAGCGGAAAGAGGAGGAAGAAGGAGCAGAAAAGAGCAGAAAUUCACAGGAAAGAAGCGAGAAGGAAACGCUCUGUACGCCGGCAACUCCUCAAGAUGAAGAAAAACCAAAGAGGUGUCCAGGUCUGGGUUUGUUCUAUGCCUUCCUGUCCACCGUUUUCUUCUCCAUCAUUGCUUUCUUGGUGAAAACCAUCCAGGACCUUCACUCUAUAGAGAUCAGCGCCAUCCGCUGUUUCUUCCAGAUGCUUUUUGUUAUCCCGUUACUCAUCUACAACAAGACAGGUUUCCUUGGCCCCCGAGAUAAACGUAUUUAUCUGGUUCUUCGAGGUUUCCUUGGCUCCAAUGCAAUGAUAAUGCUCUUUUAUGCAGUCCAGCAGAUGCCGCUGGCAGACGCCACAGUCAUCAUGUUUAGCAAUCCAGUGUUCACCUCCCUGCUGGCGUGGAUCUUCCUCAAAGAGAAAUGUACAAUCUGGGACUGUGUGUUCACGGUCUUCACUCUCACCGGAGUCAUCCUCAUCGCCCGCCCGCCUUUUCUCUUCGGCGAGCACCUCGGCGGCAUCGAGGGCGAUUACACCAACCACAUCAAGGGGACUGUUGCUGCCUUUGCAGGAGCGAUCGGCGCCGCUUUCACCCUCAUCAUUCUCCGUAAGAUGGGGAAGAGCGUCCACUACUACCUCUCCGUGUGGUACUACGCCGUCAUCGGUUUCAUCGAGACCGUCAUCACCGUGUCCGUCCUCGGGGAGUGGAAGAUCCCCGCCUGCGGCCGCGAUCGCUGGCUGCUGAUGCUGAUCGCCGUGCUCGGCAUCGCCGGCCAGACCUUCCUCACCAAGGCGCUGCACAUCGAGAAGGCGGGGCCCGUGUCUCUGAUGAGGACGGUGGACGUGGUGCUGGCCUUCUUCUUCCAGUUCGUGUUCUUGAGCCGCGCCCCCACCUGGUGGAGCCUCGGGGGGUCUCUGUGCAUAGUGGCGAGCACGAGCGGCGUCGCGCUCAGGAAGUGGUACAGCAACUCUCGCAAGAACUGAGACGCGCACAUUAUUAUUAUUAUUAUUAUUAUAUAUGCAAACAAGAGGGGGGUCCAGGCUCUGUGAAGAAUAGUUACUAAGUGAUCAAGCUGCGUCCCAAAAAGUCACUUUGGUGCUUUUAUUUUGGUAAAUCUGCACUUUUCCUUCAUGUUUGUUGUGGAGUCAAUUUUACCUUUUUGUAUCAAUAUGAAAACACGUUUGAUACUGUAGGUAAUAAUAUAAAAUAUAUAUAAAAUAUGAAUUAAUUUCAUUUUCUUUGGCUGUGAGGCUCGUUUUUACCUCACAAACUAGCAUUUAAAUGCUAAUUUAAGUUUAUUUAGGACAUCUAAUGUCCAUUUAAUUUUUUUUCUGACUCUAAAUCAUUUACUUUAUAUUGCUUAAUUUAACAGUACAGAUGCUUUUACAUAAGUGACACUAAAAAACUCUUCAUUUUGAACUAUAGUUUAUUUAUUAAACUAUUUUUUCAGUUAUACAAAAGAAUAAAAGAAACAAUCAUGGCAUUUGAUGCACUAUUUAUCUCGAAAUAACAGGGUUAUUUUUUUUUUUAAUAAAUUACUCUCAGGAAUUGUAUUUUUUUUGCUUAUGUAAAAAAAAAUCAAACUGCAGAUAAAUUGUUUUUUUUCUCAAAAUAUUUCCCCUUUUUGUCAAUUUUUAACACUUAAGUCCAAAAAGAAAAGUUAUUUAAGAAAUAAACAAUUAUUUUUUUAUUUAAAAAUGAGACUUAGGUUCCAGCUUAAUCCUAAAAAGCUGAAGUUUGGCACUUUUGGAGAAAACCUUCACUUAGAAUUUCUGUUUUUCUGUUCUGUUUCUUUUAAAUAUAUAUUCUUAAAAGCUAGUGUAGCUGUAAAAAA